CCAUUCAUAAAUAGGAUGGCACUUGUCGGCGCGGCGGCCAUCUUGACUACGUGGUUCAGGCGAGCUGCCGCAUCCCCGAUCCGCCGUCGCCACUUGCGAUCGUUUCGCCCGCGAGAAAUCGUCGGGAUAUUAUUCGCGCGAAAGACACUGGCCGUCGCGCCGAAUCCCGCGAUCCGCCACGACCGACGUAACAGGCUGACGGAAGUUGCCGCGAGCAGCGCGGUGGUCGGUACGCAGUGCACAGCUGAUCAGUGCCCCCGACGGACGGUAGCCGUAUGGCUCGUCGCCUCUCGAAAGCCUUGUCGAGAUAAAACGCGGAAGAGUGUACAAGAAAGAGAGAGAGAGGCCGAGAACGAGACCGAGCGUGACGGUGGGACCGGUGCGGAUCGGCCGCGCGUGACGCGAUCGCGUACAUCGGUGACAGGUGGAGAGGUCGAGGCGAGCGAGACGCAGCGCGGAAUUCCCCGCGGAGCGACGGGAUUCCAUCGAACGGACCGGAGUGCCGAUCCGCGCCCGCUGCAGACGAAGUGGCGGUGUUUACGAGGAGGCGACGAGGGAGGAGGAAGUGCACGACAGCAUCGCGGAACCCGCUCGUCGAACGUUUCCGAUGGUUGCCGUCCGGCCCUGCCAGGAGGAUGGGGGCCCACGAUGGGGGAGUGCCACUGCUCUAACAUCACUAUCAUGCAGCUGUUCCACGAGCUGAAGCAGCAGUUCCCCGCGCUCCCUGAUCACGUCGUCUCCCAGUGCAUCGCCCAGAACAGCCACGACCGGGAGACAUGCGCGAGAAGCCUGCGGGCCACCCAGGAGUCCCGUCCGUCGCCGGGCGCGUUUCCGCCGCCGGCUCCUUGCACCGAGUUGCAGUCGCCGCCGUCGCAGCAACAGCAGCAACGAGAGCAGCAGCAGCGACGCGCGUCGCACCAGCCGCAGCGUUGCUGCGCGAUGAACCAAGCGGCGAGCGGCAUCGGCAUCGGACGUCCCCAUCGACCGGCGUCGCUGGACAUCGGCACGACGCGUCGCUGCCUACCCGCCGGCUGCACGCGCGUCGCCGUGACGCCCGCGGCCGCUCCGUCGUCCGCGCCGGCCGUCUGCACGUCGCGCGGCUUCUUCGACGACGGCUGCGGCAUCGUCAAUAGCAACGGCAACAACAACAGCAACGCGCCGUCCGGCUUCGAGCUCAACGUCAACGUCGCCUGCAGCCCCGCGGGCAAUCGCGAUUUUCGAACGGUGCCCACGAUUGGCGCCUGUAAACGAAGCGACCUCGUCGUCGUGCCGCAACCGCACUACGUCGAACCGCUGCUGGCCGUCGGCAAGUCCAGGGCGCAGAUCGAUCACACGCGAAGCUACACUUCGGUCAGCCUGACCCUCAGACCGCCCUCGUCCGAGCCGCAACCGCCGAUCGACAUCAGGUCGGAGGGCUCGAGCCUGACUUACUCGACCUCGUCGUUGGAUCCACGUGGCUUUCAGAGCCGCCUGCAGAUCAGCAUCGGUCCCGGAAACGUCGGUAGCGUAGCAGCGGCGAGGAUCAGACCGCCGAUGGCUGUGCCAACGCAUCCGUUGCUGUCGACUCAGACGAGUCUCCAGCGACCGCCUGGACUUCCGCCAGGACCGCCGAGCCAGCUGCCGAGGCCUACGACGAGCGCACCGACGACACCGUCCGUGCCGCCGUCGACGAGCAUCGUCCCAACUUGCAGUCUGCCGACGACGCCUUCCGGCGCGAGCGGCGGCGGUGGCGGCGGCGGCGGCGUCGCGCCUUCCUCCGUCGGGGAACACGCGCAGAUCGCCGCAGGAUCGGAUCAGAGCCGAUCGCCGCUGAACCAAAUGGCGGAGCACCAAAGGAAGCUGGUCGCGGAGCAAUUGGCCAGGAAGGACAGGCUCGCCAGGGAGUUGCAGGCCGAGAAGGGACGACUCGAGGCGAUGAAGCGGGAGGUGCAGGCGCUCUCGCGGCCAGUGGGUUCCCCCAAGGAGCGGAAAACGAAAUUGAGAAGCGAGAUAUACAUGCUGCGGCUCGAGUGCGACAGAUUGGCCAACGAGGUGGAUCAGUGGUCGGACAGACGAGUACCACUGGGCGAGACCAACGAGGAGUUUUACCAGGGCAUUUAUACCGGCCAGCCGUUGCCAACGAGACCGCAGAGUCUGCAAGAUCCGCCGCCGUUGCCGAGCCAGCCGCCGGUGUGGCAGCCGGACCAGCCGACGGCGGCGAUCGCCAACGACCGGGACGAUCGCGACGGACCGUCAUGGGUCUGCACGAUGUGCACGUUCGACAAUCAUCCGCUGAUGAACAAGUGCGAGGAGUGCGACAUGCCGAGGCUGUUGACAUCCGGCGGCAGCGCAGGUAGAGUGCUGCACGGCGUGGCGAUGCGUGGAGUGCCGUCGUUCUUGUUGCCGUCGUCGGCCCCUCGCAACGACAACUAUCAUCCAAUGCCGCUCCCGCCAAAGCCGAAUGACCCGUCGUCUAACAGCAUGCGGUGUGAUUUGUAACAUGUGCAAGUUUAUAUGAAAGUUUUAUCACGAAAAUUUUAUCGAUUUUUAUAUUAAUUGACUUUGACGUCGACGUGACGGAGUGAUAUAUUUUAUCCCGCUGUAUUCUUAAGACAUUUUAAUAGAGUAUGAAUGCUGUUGUUAAACCAAGUAUAGAAAUUGUAUGCUUAAUUAAGGUUGGAUAUUUUUAGGAUUUUUAGGAUAAUAAAAGAGAGCAAAGCUCUGUUCUCACUUGUUUGUUGGAA